AUGGCCAUGGAAGAAGAGGUGGCGAAACCGUAUUCGGGCUGGAGACUGUUCUUCGAUGGAGCAGUCAACUAUAAAGGAUCAGGCAUCGGAGUGGUGUUGAUAUCAGAAACAGGACAACACUCUCCGAUGGCCACAAAACUCAACUUCAGAUGUACCAAUAACAUGGCGGAAUAUGAAGCAUGUAUCCUGGGCCUCAGGAUGGCGCUAGACUUGAACAUACAGGAGUUGUUGGUAAUCGGGGACUCUGAUUUGCUCAUAAAGCAAGUAAAAGGGAAUUGGGAAACCAAAAAUGAUAAGAUACUCCCAUAUGUGAAUCUGGUACAAAGAUUGUGCGGGAGAUUCAAGAGUAUUGACUUCAGGCAUACUCCAAGGGCUCAGAAUGAGUUCGCAGACGCAUUGGCCACAAUAGCAUCUAUGAUCCAACACCCUGAGAGUUCCCACAUUGAUCCAUUGGAGAUCACACUAAGAGAAAAUCAGGCUCAUUGCGCCCAUGUAGAGGCCGAGCUAGAUGGCCAACCACGGUUUUUCUUUCACAGGGCAGGAAAUACACCAGCAACUGGUUUACCCACAGCAAAGGCGAAAAGCAAAGUCAGCCCGGUGGAGAGAGACCAAAAGGUUCACAGAGCAAAUGAGUGUAAAUGUAAAUCCGACCAAGAGGGUCAGACAAAGAGUGAAGAGCAAAGAUAUAUCUGA